AUGAAGCUUGGAGAGCUCUCGCUCUUGGACCAUCACCAAAUCCACAAUCAUGAUCGGAUCUUGGAAACUUCUACUAGCAGUAGUAGUAGUACCAGACCAUUGUUAUUUGUAUGCGGAAAGAAUGAAUAUUGCCAAUUAUUAUUGUGCUCCUCGUCUUCUUCUUCGUCGGAGGUUAUUUCUUGCUUUACAACACCACAACUUUCGGAUCCAAUGCUAGAAAAAGUUAUUGAUGAUCUUGUGGAGAUUGCUAAUGGAGAUAGGCAUACAUUGUUUUUAACGAAAAGUGGACAAGUUUUUGGAAUUGGAAGUAAUCAACAAGGCCAGCUUGGAGUAAACAAUACUCACAUUGUAUCGAAUUUGACCAAGAUUUCUUGUGAGGAUGAUGUCAAGUUUACAAAUAUUAUAUGCGGAAGCUUUCAUUCCAUGCUACUCGGCGAUAAUGGUGCUAUAUAUGUAACUGGAGACUCUUCGUUUCAUCAAUUAGGUAUUUAUCCCCGAGAAAAUGUGGCAGAAUUCACAAAGUUGGAUUUUCCAGAGCAAAAUGUUCACGUUUCCUUAAUAGCCACUAGUUAUUCUCAUUCAUUGUGUUACUGUGAAAACACUAACAAACUAUUUGGAAUGGGAAGCGUGUUUGAAGACAUUUACGGUGAUGCAUAUUGUACCCCACAACGUUUACCAAUAUUUUACAACCUUAAUUUUACUCUGAAAACAAUUCAAGCCGGUUAUAGAUAUACCCUAUUUUUAACAUCUGAAAAUGAUGUGUAUCUUCACGGAAAAUUAACAAGACAACUAUAUGCACAACCCAUCAAAAUUUCCAUCCAGAAUGUCAAAAAUAUUUUCACCGGCGGUAACCACUAUUUUAUUGAAACGUUUGACUCAAAAUUUUAUGGAUCCGGCUUGAACGAUGACAAACAAAUACCUUUCUUUACUGGCACGGAAACCAUUGCUCCUGUUGAAUUAAUAGGUCCUAAAGAGGUUUCAUCUUUUCAUAUUACGAGUAUGGCUGCAGGAUCGUAUCACACUGGUGUAGUUACCUCAUGUGGUAUGAUUUAUAUGUGCGGAUGGAAUGAGUUAGGUCAACUUGGAAUACCCAAAAGUACAUCAUUCAAUGUUGAAUGUACUCCAUUAGACUUGGACAUGUCAGUUCAGCUUGAUAUCUCGAGAGGGACUACAAUAGUCAAGAUAUUUAUGUCUCCAUCAGCUGAUAACACCUUCUUGUUAUUGAGAAGGGCUAAAGAAAAGUUGCAAUUUUUCGAUAGGCUGUUCCAAAAGAUCCAAAAGAAUUUUUCAGACCUUGCGAUCCAUACGAUGACUUCGUAA